AUGCACAAAGGAGUGAAGAAGUGGGUACUGGAGAGAAUAAGCAUCUUCUUGCAAGGUAAUGGCCUCAGAAAGGCAGCGGCGGCGGCUGUGGGUUCUGUUGCACGUGGGGCCCGGGGUGGGCUCGCAGCGGGGCGGGAACAGGCGGUGCAGCCAGCCACCGCCUGCCCUCCUGGGACCGCUGCGGUCUCCACCUCUCCUCCGGCUUCACGCUGCUGCAGCCUGAUCACCUGGGCCGGGGAGGGUCGAGGUUCAGAACGGACCGGGACUGUAGGCACCAGCGCAGCAGGGACCAGGGACGAUGGGGCCUGUGGCAGCUUCCCCCCUGGGCCGCCUGCCGAGCGCCACUGCAAGUGCCAGGAGCUGUUUCUUCUCCAGGUGGAAGGUGCCAAGCUCACAGUAAACAAAGGGUUGCGGAGCCAUUUCCAGGAGAACCACACAGCAGCCCUCAGCACAAUCGGGGCGUCCAGCUACCACUUCGGGGUCACGCACGUGGGGACAAAGCAGCUGAGUCCCACAGAGCCAUCCCCCGUGUGGGUGGGUGACAUGGACCAUAGUGGUGGCCUCCGUGCUCAGGCCACUCCCCAGCUGGGCCCCGGCCUCAGGUCCAAGAUGGCCAUCCAGACCCCGCAGUCCAAGUUUGUGAACUGGCAGGUGGACGGGGAGGACUGGGGUUCUGACUUAGCAGCUGUCCCCCUCGGGAACCCAAUCGUCCUGGUGGGCAUGCACACGGCAAACUACCACAAAGCAAGAGACCAGCUGCAGGUAGUCGAGGAGUCUGAGGCCAGCACAAGGAUGCAAGACACAAGUGUCUCCUUCGGGGACCAGCUGGACUUGCCCAGGGCCAACCUCCUCUUCAAAGGCUCAGAGGACAGCAACUGGAUCAUGGGUGCCCCGCUGGAGAAGACGCUCCCGCCCCUGCCGCGAAGGCUGGCCCUCGGGGCCUUUCUGAAUCACGAAAGAACAAGUCUCAGCGUGGCUUUGGCCUCACCAUGUGUCCCUGUUAAAAUCACGUUAGAUCAUAUCGUUUUUUGGCUCAAAUCCCUGCAAAGGCUCUCCUCUGUCUCAGAGAAAAAGGAAAUGGCUUUCGAGGACUUGCACCGUGAGCACCGCUAG